AUGAAUUUUUUCAAGCGAAAAUUCUCAUUCUCCGAAGAUGAGGGUGAGCCGAUGGAUGAUGUCAACACUGGCCCGCCGAGCUCCUUCUCGUUUCAAUCCAUAGCCAAUAAGGUUUCAAACACGAUUAGUGCCCCAACAUCACCUGCCAAGUCCAGGGAAUCGCUUGCAGCCGCACUGGAGAGAUCACUCAAUCAUGAUAGCAUUGAUGAGCUAGAUGUGAUGUGUACUGAAAAAACGUGCUCCGUAGAGCUCAAUCAGCCAGGAAAAGACAUCCGAGUCUUCACCCCAUCCGCAGUAUUUCUGGGCGCCGGUGCUACACGAUGUGCACAGUUGAAAACGAUCAUUCGGGCAUUCAUCGCAGCACACAUUCCAUUUUUGAACUCUCACACUUCGGCGGUGGCGUUUUUAGAUAAGAAUAAUUUGAAGAAGCAACUGAAGAAGAUUACGUUGUCGGAUGGUGCUUCCAUCCCAAUGCUUCCAAUUGUGCACUAUCCGCAUUUUCACAAAUUUCACCAAUCCCAAGCAUCCACCUACCCAAUGAUAGUCUCUGUGAAUGAGGGAUUCCAAGGAAUCGGAAAAAUCAAGGUCAACAACCACGAGGAGCUUUGUGAUGUUGAAGGAAUGUUACAGAUUAUGACAAAAGGGGAUACAGAGGUUGAAGUCCAACCAUUCGUCGAUGCCAAAUACGACUUGCACAUCCAAAAAAUCGGUCAUGAGUACAAAACAUUCAUACGUCGUGGAAUAUGCAAACACUGGAAGAGCAAUGUGGGAUCAAGUGUGCUGGAACAGAUUGCCACAUGUGAGAGACACAAAAAGUACUUGAAGGCGAUUACGGACCAUGUGGGCGCGAUGCAAAUUUGCUCUAUUGACAUUUUGGUGUCAAAGGAGGGAAGAGAGUUUGUGCAUGACGUGAAUGAUGUGAUCGCCUAUUUCGGAGAAUCUGCUGAAGACGAUCGGAGAGCAGCUAGCAUGCUGCUCCGUGCCUUGGUGGCUCCAAGAGUGAAUGCCACGUCACCAACGGAAAAUGGACAUCAUGCUCCAGCUCAUCAGCAAUCUCAUCAACAGUCUCAUCAUGAAGUUACUUCCCCAACAUCAUCAGUUUCUGCAAAUGGUCAUCAUCCUGGACCACCACCUGUCAACAGACGCCUUCCUCCUCAACCACCUUCCACAUCCACUUCCUCUCAUCAUCUGCCACGUGGAUUCUCGGAUAAGAUAGAGCCGCGUCACAAGGAUCAUUACGAUCCACCACCACCGAUCCCACGUACGGCUUCUAAAGAAUCAGUGUCGUAUGUAGACGACACAAUGGAACAGCUAAAACGGACGUUUGCUGGAUUUUUUGGAGAAUAA